AUGGCGGCGGCGACGGCGGAGGAGGAGGCGAAGGGGGCGGACUCGGCGGCGGCGACGGCGGAGGACUUGGCGGCGGAGGACUCGGCGGUGGCGGCGACGGCGGACUCGGCGGAGGACUCGGCGGAGGCGGACUCGGCGGAGGCGACGGCGGAGGACUCGGCGGCGGCAACGGCGGAGGACUCGGAGGACUCGGCGGCGGCGGCGGCGACGGCGGACUCGGCGGAGGACUCGGCGGCGGAGGACUCGGCGGCGGCAACGGCGGAGGACUCGGUGGCGGUGGACUCGGCGGAGGCAACGGCGGAGGACUCGGCGGCGGAGGACUCGGCGGUGGACUCGGCGGUGGACUCGGCGGUGGACUCGGCGGUGGACUCGGUUCUUGCGCGCUCGCGAACAAGAAGAAUCCUUCCCACUCGUUUGAACCACUCUUACAGCUCCCAUUCUCCCCCUUAA